AUGGAGCCCACCGCGAGUUGCGAGGAGAGCGAAGGAGGCGCGGCGACUGGGGAGUGCGUGAACCGGGUCCUCGUGCCAAGACCACCUUCCAUUGAGGAAUUCACCAUUGUGAAGCCCAUUAGCCGUGGCGCCUUCGGGAAAGUGUAUCUGGGGCAGAAAAGCGGCAAGUUGUAUGCAGUGAAGGUUGUCAAAAAGGCAGACAUGAUCAACAAAAAUAUGACUCAUCAGGUACAAGCUGAGAGAGAUGCACUGGCACUAAGCAAAAGUCCUUUUAUUGUCCAUUUGUAUUAUUCACUGCAGUCAGCAAACAAUGUCUACUUGAUAAUGGAAUAUCUUAUUGGUGGAGAUGUCAAGUCUCUUCUACAUAUAUAUGGUUAUUUUGAUGAAGAAAUGGCUGUGAAAUACAUUUCUGAAGUAGUACUGGCUCUAGAUUACCUUCAUAGACAUGGGAUCAUCCACAGGGAUUUGAAACCAGACAAUAUGCUUAUUUCUAAUGAGGGUCAUAUUAAACUGACAGAUUUUGGCCUCUCCAAAGUUACUUUGAAUAGAGAUAUCAAUAUGAUGGAUAUCCUUACAACACCAUCAAUGGCUAAACCUAGACAAGACUAUUCAAGAACUCCAGGACAAGUAUUAUCUCUCAUUAGCUCUUUGGGAUUUUACACACCAGUUGCAGAAAACAUUCAAGACUGUACAGAUAUUCUUUCAACCCAUGUAUCUGAAACAUCACAGUUUUCUCAAGGACUAAUUUGUCCUAUGUCUGUAGAUCAAAAGGAUACUACUUAUGCUAGCAAACUACUAAAAUCAUGUCUUGAAACAGUUGCCUCUAACCCAGGAAUGCCUGUGAAGUGUCUAACUUCAAAUCUACUCCAAUCUAGGAAAAGGUUGGCUACAUCAAGUGCCAGUAGUCAAUCCCAUACUUUUCUAUCUAGUAUGGAAUCAGAAUACCACAGCAGCCCCAGAUGGGAAAAGGAUUGCCAGGAAAAUGAUGAGGCAUUGGGCUCUACAGUGAUGAGUUCAAAUGCAAUUGAAAAACCUUUAUGUACAAAAUCUACAAAUGCCAUCGAGACCAGAAAUUUCCAUAAAAAGGAUCUUGAGUUAGCCCUUUCUCCCAUUCACUCCAGCACUGGGAUUCCUGACACUGGAAGCUCUUUGGUAAACGUUGCAAAAACAUGCUUCUCUGGGAAAGUUUCUUGGGAAGCUAGGGAACUGGAUGUAAAUAAUAUUAAUAUGCCCACUGAUACAAGCCAGUCUGAUUUCCAUCAGUCACAUCAGUGGAGUGUUGAUUCUAGUAAUAUGACUGAUGAUCACCGGGGAAAAAAGGGUUUAAAAAGAAAUUUUGAGUUCAUUGAUUCUAGUCCUUGUCAGAAAAUUAUACAGAAUAAAAAAAAUUGUGUAGAGUAUGAUUGUAGUAAUGAAAUGAUGGAUUGUCAUAUAAAUCAAAGUACAAGCUUAACAGCUGAAGUCCAGGACCUUAAGAUAUCAGUAUACAGAAGUCAGCAAAGUGACUGUGAUAAUAAGAACAUUGUCAAUUCUUUUAUUGAUAAACAACAAACACCAGAAAAAUCACCUAUCCCAAUGAUAGCCAAAAACCUUCUGUGUGAACUAGAUGAAGAUUGUGACAGGAACAGUAAGAAGGAUUACUUAAGUUCUAGUUUUCUAUGUUCUGAUGAUGAUAGAGCUUCUAAAAGUAUGUGUAUGGAUUCUGAUUCAUCUUUUCCUGGGAUUUCUAUAAUGGAAAGUUCAUUAGAAAAGCAGUCCUUAGAUCCAGAGAAAAGCAUCAAAGAAAGCUCUUUUGAAGAAUCAAAUAUUGUAGAUGUACUGAAUGUAUCACCAAACCAUCAAGAAAAUGCCUUGCCAAAAGGUGAUGAGAAUCCUGCAAUCCAAGACAACAAUGAAAAAAUGUUAGCUCCCUCUUCAGAGGUGUUGAAAACAUUAACCGUGUCUAAGAAAAAUGUUGUAGCUUUUCGAAGUUUUAACAACCAUGUUAAUGCAUCCAAUAACUCAGAACCAUCCAAAACGAGCAUUACUUCUUUAGAUGCUAUGGAUAUUUCAUGUGCUUACAGUGAUUCAUAUCGCAUGGUGAUAACCCCCAAUCAAAAAAGAAGAUCCUUUAUACCAUAUCAGACCCCAAAUCAAAACAAGUCAGGAACUCCAUACCGAACUCCAAAGAGUGUGAGAAGAGGAGCAGCCCCAGUGGAUGAUGGACGAAUUCUAGGAACUCCAGAUUACCUUGCACCUGAGUUGUUAUUAGUCAGGGCCCACGGUCCUGCAGUAGACUGGUGGGCACUUGGAGUUUGCUUGUUUGAAUUUCUAACAGGAAUUCCCCCCUUCAAUGAUGAAACACCACAACAAGUAUUCCAGAAUAUUCUGAAAAGAGAUAUCCCUUGGCCAGAAGGUGAAGAAAAGCUAUCUGAUAAUGCUCAAAGUGCAGUAGAUAUACUUUUAACCACUGAUGAUAAAAAGAGGGCUGGAAUUAAAGAGCUGAAACAUCAUGCUCUCUUCAGUGAUGUGGACUGGGAAAAUCUGCAGCAUCAAACUAUGCCUUUCAUACCCCAACCAGUUGAUGAAACAGAUACAUCCUAUUUUGAAGCCAGAAAUAAUGCUCAGCACCUGACCAUAUCUGGAUUUAGUCUAUAG